UAUAAAUACGAUAGCCGGCUCUCACUCUCUUGCUUGUUUACUCUUUCUUAGACGCAUUUUCUCAAGCAGCUUGCGUGCACAAGUUCAUUACACACCUCUCCAAUUUUUCUUUCGAACAGAACUAGGGUUGCGAGAAUGGGGAAGAGGAAGAAGACUAGGGUAUCAGAGGAAGAUUUAGAGAAUGAAGACGAAGAGAAGAGGGAGAAUCAGGAAUAUCGGUCUUCGUCGUCAAAUGAGAAGAGCUUGUACGAGAUUCUUGGUGUGGACAAAACUGCAUCUCAACAGGAAAUAAAGAAAGCUUAUUACAAAUUGGCUUUACGGCUGCAUCCUGAUAAAAAUCCAGAUGAUGAGGAGGCCAAGGAAAAAUUUCAGCAGCUGCAAAAGGUUAUAUCUAUUCUUGGAGAUGAAGAGAAACGUGCAGUGUAUGAUCAAACAGGCUGUGUUGAUGAUGCUGAUCUAGCUGGAGAUGCCAUCCAAAAUUUGAGGACAUUCUUCCGCACCAUGUAUAAAAAGAUCUCUGAAGCUGAUAUUGAAGAGUUUGAAGCAAACUACAGAGGCUCUGAUUCAGAGAAAAAGGAUUUGCUUGAGCUAUAUAAAAAAUGCAAGGGCAACAUGGACAGGCUUUUCUGCUGCAUGCUUUGCUCUGAUCCCAUGCUGGAUUCCCAUCGAUUCAAGGAUAUCAUUGAUGAGGCUAUCUCUGCAGGAGAAUUGAAGUCAACCAAAGUGUAUGAGAAAUGGGCUAAAAAAGUGUCCAAAACAAAGCCUCCCACAAGUCCAUUAAGACAAAGAAAGAAAUCAAAGAAAAACUCAGAUCUGUAUGCUAUCAUUGCUCAGCGACAAAACGAGAGGAGAGGCAAGAUUGAUGCAAUGUUUUCAUCACUUGUUCAAAAAUAUGGUGGAGGCGAAGCAGCUCUGGAGCCAAGUGAAGAAGAAUUCCAAGCUACUAGAAGAAAACUAGAGAAAAGACGGGCUUCCAAAUGAAAGUAACUGCAGUCUACAACCUUUUACAUUACUGAACUGUCUCUGUUGGCGCAUGCAAAUCUGAAAUUUCUCUCAUACAAAGUUCUAUUCUAUUCAUGGCUGGACAUUCUAAACUAGAUCAGAUAUCUGUAAAGAUGGCUGCCUCUAACCCGUUUGAAUAUUCAAGUUUUGUCUA